CAAGAGGGAUAAUCUCAGAAGCUGACCAAGCAGCAAACAAACUGGGUGCUGCUCUGAAGUCAGUCACUCUGCUGUCGCUGCUACCACACAGGACACAGGCUGCUAGUGAGCUGAGAUUCGUAUCAUCAGGAAGAUAGACAAGUCAGCGAGAACUGCAGAGCUAAACCAGCUACUGGACAGAAAAGCCAUCAAAUCAAAACUCUAAUGAGGAAGUGGAUUUAAUUCCCAUUUGAGAGGAAAGAAGAAACCAACCCGAGUUCAGAGGAAUAAAGAAUAACCAAAAGGACAAAAUGCAAGACAUCAGUGAGUAGGAAGCAGUAUGGGGGAGGAGAGUGGAAAAACCGUAGGGGGAGAGAGUGCGUUUGAGUGUGUUCCAGUGUGUCAGGUGUGUGCAUGGGUGUUACUGCGGGUAACCAGGCAGGGACGGAGCUCGUCUCGUGGGAAUGUGGGGGAGAGAUAUAAAUCAGCAAUGAAUACAACAACAGAAAAAUAAUAUUCAUAUGUAAAGCCCUCUUAUCGCAACAUCUCAAGCUCAGAGAGCACAUCUUACUGCUCUGUACCAAACGAUCCUGUUACUCAAGUUCAGCUCAGAUAUUUAAAACAGACACUCUGACUACUCCUACAACUACAAAUACUGCUGCUGACGAUAAUGAAGACAUGUGUUCUCCACCGGACUCUUGAAUGGAUUGUAGUAACAAGCUUGGAGUAACCUUUUUGCGAACAAUGAUCAGAGGAGGCACUGAUGUCUAAUGUUUUACUUCUUCGCCCUACGGACUAGUCUCAACUUCCUCAAAGGAGUUGAAUCUGUGGUGGCGUUUGGAUACGGUGAAAAAGGUCUAUUAUGCACCAGCUAGAAGGGACAAAAUGCAGCUUCCUGUUGUGCCUGGGGAUGAGUAUUAUCAUCUGUUCAGUUAUUUACAUGAGGACCAGGAUGCCAACAGAGCCCAAGCUGUUAGAACCUCCAAGUUGCAGGUCCUUCUCCACUGAAUGUAAAGCUUUGCUGCCCAGCAUGGAGGAGGGAGUGGAGAGGUACCGGCGUGACUGCCAGUUAGAAAGCUACAUUAUGAAUAGUCGCAUGCAGUGUUCUAACUUGACCAGAGACCUACACUUCAUCACAAAACCUCUCAGUCGUGAGGAGGAGUACUACCCUUUAGCAUUCAUUGUGACCGUUCACAAGGAGCUGGAGCUAUUUGUGCGCCUGUUACGCGCCAUUUACAUGCCACAAAAUGUGUACUGCAUUCAUGUUGAUAAUAAGGCUUCAGUGGAGUACCAGACGGCUGUACUGAAGCUUGUCAGCUGCUUUAAAAAUACCUUCCUCUCCAGCCAAAGAGAGACAGUGACAUACGCUGGCUUUUCCCGCCUUCAAGCGGAUAUAAACUGCAUGAAGGAUUUAUCAAAGUCCAAGAUAGGCUGGAGGAAGGUGGUGAAUCUGUGUGGACAGGACUUCCCUGUCAAAAGCAACCUGGAACUAGUGCGGUACAUGCAGAGCAAACAGUGGAGGGACAGGAACAUGACGCCUGGGGUCAAGCAGCCCGAGUCUAUGAAGCAGAGGACUCAGCUCCAGCACAGGGAGAUAGUAGGCUCACAUGUAGCUACAAGAUUUAGACUGAAGAAAGGUCCUCCUCCACACAAUCUGCCAGUGUAUUUUGGAACGGCCUACUAUGCUCUCACAAGGGCUUUUGUAGACUUUGUUCUGGAAAGCCCAAAAGCCCAGGACCUCUUGGAGUGGUCCAAAGACACGUUCAGUCCAGACGAGCACUACUGGGUGACACUCAACCACAUCAAAGAAGUUCCAGGCAGCCACAUUGAUGGAGGUUGGGAGGGAGACAUCCGGGCAAUCAAGUGGAGAGAUCAAGAGGGAAGAGUACACAACGGCUGCAAAGGGCAUUAUGUACGAGAAAUCUGUAUCUAUGGAGUGGAAGACCUGCCGUGGAUCGUCAACAGGAACAGCAUGUUUGCCAAUAAGUUUGAGAGUAACACGUUUCCUGAGGCCCUGGACUGCCUGGAGCAGUGGCACAGGAACAAGGUCCUGAACCAGACUAUUGUUCCCAUCGAGGCCUCCUGGCUGCUGGCCACACAGAGUAACUCAAGCAGCAGCUACUUCAACAGCAUUGCUGGAGCAUGAAGUCGCUGUUGGUGUCCUCAACGAAAGAGUGGCUACAUUUAGGUCAAAUUAAUUGCACCCGUUCAGUGGCCAUGAACGUCAAAAAUGUGGGGAGAAAAAACUGAAAUGACGACCAUGCGUUGACAACUUCCUCUGCAUCGCGGUUACUGUUCACUGAUAUGGGUUACUUUUUUUAAGUCAUAAAAUAUAUUGAAGCAAUGUAGUUUAAACAUAUUUAAGUAAAACAUGUAUUUAUUAUUAUUUAAGUAUAAAACUAUUUAACAGAUUCUAUC